AUGGCAACGAAGCCCCGCCCUGUGAGCCACGUGACGCGCGUGCGCCGGCGCGUGCGCACACGGAGGUCGCGAGCUGGGAGAGCUCGACUCGAGCGAGAGGAGUGUGCAGAAGGGAGUGUGGGAGCGCACGGCUGUCCCGAGCGGUGCUGUCCGGAGCGCGCUCUGGUUUUUUUUUUUUUUUUUUUUUUUUUUUCUUCCCUUUUUUCCUCCUCCCCCCCACUUCUUCUUCUUCUUCUUCUUUCCCCCAGCCGAGCGUGGAGCGCGUGCUCGGCAGCCGCACGAGACAGGGCGCGCGGAGGGAGUCCCUGGAGGAGGCGUCAUCAUCAUCAUCAUGUCGCUGGGAGGUGUCGCGCCGAGUGGGAAGAGGUCGAGGCGGAAUUUAAAGAGCUGCAGGAAAGCCACAAAGUGUACCGGCAGAAGCUGGAGGAGCUCACGAGCCUCCAGGCGACGUGCAGCAGCUCCAUCAGCAAGCAGAAGAGGAGUCUCGCUGAGCUCCGGCGCGGUCUUCUCAGGUGUGCGAAGACGAGCGGUCCCAAGGAGGCGGAGCAGAUCCACGCCAUACAGGCCCAAAUCAAAGAGCGGCAGAACGUGUUCUUCGACAUGGAGGCGUAUUUGCCUAAACGGAACGGCUUGUACUUGAACCUGGUCCUGGGGAACGUGAACGUGACCCUUCUCAGCAACCAGGCAAAGUUCGCCUACAAAGACGAAUAUGAGAAGUUCAAACUGUACCUGACCAUAAUCCUGAUGCUCGGUGCCAUAACCUGCAGGUUCUUGGUGAAUUACCGUGUCACAGAUGAGAUAUUCAACUUCCUGCUGGUGUGGUACUACUGCACGCUGACCAUCCGUGAGAGCAUCCUUAUGAGUAACGGGUCGAGGAUAAAAGGCUGGUGGGUUCUGCAUCAUUACGUCUCGACGUUUCUGUCGGGGGUGAUGCUCACGUGGCCUGAUGGCAUGAUGUACCAGAUGUUCCGAAACCAGUUCCUGGCCUUCUCCAUCUAUCAGAGUUUUGUCCAGUUCCUGCAGUACUACUACCAAAGCGGCUGUCUGUACAGGUUACGGGCACUGGGGGAGAGGAACCACCUGGACCUCACCGUAGAGGGCUUUCAGUCCUGGAUGUGGAGAGGACUGACCUUUCUUCUGCCCUUCCUCUUCUUCGGCCACUUCUGGCAGCUGUACAAUGCCAUCACUCUGUUUGGAUUGUCGCGCCAUGAGAACUGCAAGGAAUGGCAGGUGUUCAUGCUAGCGCUCACAUUCCUGGUGCUCUCUGGGAACUUCCUCACCACGCUCAUGGUCCACCAGAAAUUCCAGAAGAACUCGGAGAAGGCGCACAAGAAAGAGUGAAGAGCAGGAGAGGAGCAUCACGCAGAGCGGAGCAGAUGGUUGAGGAGACCAUAAAGUGGCAGUAAUGAAGGGAGCGACUCUUCGAAGAGGCCAGAGAAGACUUUAAAACCCAGCACCGUCGCGAACCGUGAAGAACGAACGCUCUGUGACCCUCGUGAGAUUAUGGCCGAGAACGAGCCGUCCAUGAGGUUUUAGCGUGGUGCGAUCGAUUCCUUUAAAUUGCUUCAAUUGCACUCGAGAACGUGAAGACCACUUGACCAGUGAACCUUUACCCUCGUGAGCGGUUUUGUUUGUUGCCUCAGACUGAUUUGUGUGCUUGUUUGUGCAUUUGGACGGUUGACCUUUGUUCAACUUUAUGCAACACUGAAAAAUGAAACGAUGAAACACACUGGCUCCUCGAGUUACAACCAUUCGAGUUACAGAUUUUCAAAAAUAAGAACGCUUUGUUUUUUUAAAAACCAUAUUUUCAUAUGGUUCAAAUUAUAUUGUAUUUUCUUAUUGGUUUCCUCUGGUUUCUAUCUGUAGCUGAGCAAACACAAUGUGUGAUUGUCAUGCAAGUCCAUAGUUGGCAGUGAAGGGCACCCGAGCGGAAUAGGAGUGUGUGACCGCCUUAAUUCAACUUACCUCCACAGCGUUUACAGCUUACGUCUGGAGUUGCUCAGUGCUCGACAUCGGUAACAAGACGACGAACGUUGUACAUGUUUAUGGGAUGAAUUUGUCAACAAUCCACAAUUUGUGGGGACAGAUUUUUUUCUUAAUUCUCAUUUUCAGUUUUAAGUUAAAAUAAAAGGGAUACAACUUUUUCUUUUCUUUUAAAUUCUGAUUUAUUGUAGCUAUAGCCAUAAUUUCACCCAUAAAAAUUUAAGGUACCUCUGUAGCAUUAAUCUUUUAAAUGACUGUGACUUAGUGGCAAAAACAACCGGGGAUAUGAACAAAGCGAGUUACAGACAGUCCCAGCUGUGUUCGUAAGUUGAGGAGCCGGUGUAUUUAGAGCUAUACCUCAAGAUGCAAGUAUAGAUGUACUCUCACUUCAUGCUGUUGCCCUUUGGUUGGAGUGCAUGUGUCCCACUGAAAACAUCCAGCUGUGUCAACAGCUAUAAAUCCUUCCGCAUUGUGGUGUCCUGUGUCCCACAGUGAUGCUGAUACCGGGGCAUUGUUGGGUCUUACCCUGCUGAGCACUUAAUCGCAAUGCAAUAUCAGUUACCGUUCGGCGUGAGCUGGCGUGGUCCCAAAGCGGAUGUCGCGGGUCGGACACAGAGCCCACUUUGAACGCUGUCGCUGGUGACCUUUUGGAGGAUUUUACCACGUUUUGGACUGCAACUGUGGUGGCGUUUUGGCCGGGAGGCUGGGAGCGUGGUGUCUCUGCAAACCUCAGCUGACCUUUCACGAGAAGUAGCCUAUAAAAAAGUCGCUCCUCUGCUUGCGCUCCCUCUAAACUUUCUGUAAUGUGAGAUGUUCCAAAGCUGGUGAGACCCAUGGGAACACCAUGGUCACUUGUGGACACGGGACGUCUGCAGACAGGAAGCCCAGGACACAAACACACAUCACCCAUGAGCAUUCAGCCCUAGUCACACACUUCUGCACUGAUUUUGGUUCAGUGCAACAUCGAGUAUGAGAUCCGUGACACGUUGCCACGGUAAGGUGUGUCGACCGUGGUGCCUCUUUAUAGCAGUGUCUCCUUGUUAAUCCAGAGGUGCUCUUGGUUUGUGAACACUACGAUUUACAAACACCGAGUUCCACUUCUGAACAGUCUGUCGCGUUUAUGAACACUCACUUAUGAGCAGCCUGUCCAAUUUAUGAAUACUUUUAUGAACAGUCUUUCCAUUUUAUGAACACUUUAAUUUAUGAACAAUCUGUCGCAUUUAUGAACACUUUCACUUAUGAACGGUCUGCCCAGUUUAUGAACUGCUCUUUUGUUAUUCACACCUAUGAUUUUCAGCGGUGUUUAACGGCUGCUCAUGCUGGGCGAGGGGGGUUCCGCUGAACAUCCAGACAUGCGGAGAUCCACGGGAACCCUGUCCACAGUCUGUUUUUUCAGCACCUGACCAGACAUGGUCCUGGAGAAACCGCGGUCUGUGUCUGUUCAGUCAAAUAAAGCAUUGUUUCCGUCACAAGGCACGGUGAAUAUCCGAGCUGGUGUUUUUGCCUGUAUGCGUUGUGUUCUCUGCUGCUGGGCGGGUGGUGCUCGGACGGUCGACGGGGCCCCGGCUUCACCUUGUUACCCUCGGUGGACCCGGGACAGAAUGAGAGAGUCAUUUCCCUGUUGCACUGCAGUAAAUCGGUGUACAUUACCGUCGAAUAAACACGUCUGAUAGAUGCUUCUCCUGUCUCCUUUUUUUCCUCACGUAUGAGCGAGGUAUUAAUACCACUUACGUUGGUGUUAGUUUAAAUUACUCUGGUAAGGGCAG